AUGUCUAAAUACGGCAUGAACGUCUGCAAGAAGUCAGAAGAGAGCAAAAUCAAGGGUCCCUGGGCGGAGUGCUCGGUGUCCUCCGCUCACUACGAGUGUCAGCCCCUCACGCAGAUCCUGGAGCUGCCAGGUGCCCACAUUGUUCAGAGGAUGUCUGGCUGUGAGUGGGAUGAUGAGGAUGAUACUACUGAUGGUUAUAGACAGUUUGCCUACGAUGGAGAGAACUUCCUAGCGUUGGACCUGAAGACCCUGACCUGGGUCGCUCCAGUACGUCAGGCUGUCCCCUCCAAACUGAGAUUGGAUCAGGAUAGAGCUUAUAAUCAACACAAGAAGAACUACUACACCAAGGUCUGUGUUGAUUGGCUGAAGAAGCACCUGGCCUAUGGGAAGAGCACUCUGCAGAGAACAGGUAGAGUCACAUGACCUGGUGGGCGUCACCGACUCUUGUCUGGUGGAUUAACUGAUACACUACAGCAGUAGUGAACCCCCCCCCUCCCCGUGGGUCGGCUGUAUCCAUUACC